AUGGUGACAACGGAACCUUUUCAGGCACCGCCAUUCUCAUUUGAAGAGGUGGCCGUGUACUUUACAGAGGUAGAAUGGGCUCUCCUGGACACAGAGCAGAGAGAUCUGUACUGGGAUGUCAUGCAAGAAAACUACGAGGCUGUGGCUUCACUGGCUGUUGCAAUCCCCAAGCCCGAGUUGAUCUAUCGUCUGGAACGAGGAGAAGAGCCAUGGAUCUCUGCCCAAGCAGCCUCGGAGGAGAAAAAAAUCCCCCUCAACCUAUAUGAAGGAAACAACUUUCCUCUGGCUUCUCCCACUAUGCCAGCAAGCAAGGUGAUCGUGAGGGAGAUCAAGGAAGAGAUGGCAGAACCUGACAUUUUGGAUCCAGAAGAUCCUCCGUGGGCUUUGCUGGGGCCACCCACAGAGAACCCUUCCUUAGCCUCAGAGGCCCGGUGCGGCCUGCAGAGACAGUGGGAGCUACAGGCCGGGCACAUCUGGCGGGAACCCUCCAGGCACAUCAGGGCAGCCAGUUCCAAGCACAGCAUGUUCCACGUAGGCCGGAAGAAGCUGAUGUGCCCCGAAUGCGACCGGUGGUUUCACUGCAAGUCGGAAUUCUUGCUGCACUGGCGGACCCACACGGGCGAGAAGCCCUACGAGUGCCUGGCCUGCGGCAAACGCUUCAUCCAGAGCUCCCACCUGAGUGCCCACCGGCGCAUCCAUACGGGCGAGAAGCCCUACGAGUGCCCCCGGUGUGGGCGGAGCUUCAACCGGCGCUCCACCCUGACAGAGCACCUGAGGAUCCACACCGGGGAGAAGCCGUACAAGUGCCUCCAGUGCGGGGAGAGCUUCCGCUGGAGGCCCUACCUGACCAAGCACCAGAGGGUCCACCUGGGCAACGCUGCGUACCGAGGCCUCAACAACAGAGAAGCCAUCUUUGAAGACUCGCCCUGCCCUGAGCCUCUGGGAAGACUAACAGCGGAUGGCGCCAUCGAGAGUGGCGCCCCAGAAACCGAGUCCCUGCAUGCUGUCACCGCCUUGUCAAAACCGGGCAGUGGGGCAAAGCCCAGCCCUGAGAUCUGCGGGCUCAGGCAAGGCUCAGGCGGGCAGCCGCCCAGAUGGCCCGUAAAGACCGAAUCGGAGCUGCUGCCCGGUGGGAACGACGUCACCGACAUCAGCCAAAUCAAGAUCGUUCAGAUCGAGAAGAAGCACGUGUGCCACGACUGUGGGAAAGCCUUCCAGUAUAAAUUUGAGCUGGUGAAGCACCGCCGGACCCACACGGGGGAGAAGCCCUUCGAGUGCCUGGCCUGCGGGAAGCGCUUCUUCCAGAGCACCCACCUCAAUGCCCACCUGCGCAUCCACACGGGCGAGAAGCCCUACGAGUGCCCCCGGUGUGGGCGGAGCUUCAACCGGCGCUCCACCCUGACCGAACACCUGAGGAUCCACACGGGGGAGAAGCCGUACAAGUGCCUCCAGUGCGGGGAGAGCUUCCGCUGGAGGCCCUACCUGACCAAGCACCAGAGGGUCCACCUGGGAGAGAACACCUACAGAUACUUCGACAGCGGAGGAAGCCUCUAUGGCACCUCUUCCUUCCCAGAGCAUCAUCAGGAGGAGAACCAACCAGACAAAGUAAUACGGCUUUCCCUCUCGUGGAUAAAAAGUGAUGUGGAAAAGAUGAAGGUAACUUUCUAUUAA